AUGGCCGUCUUCAACAAGGCAAUCGCCUCUUCGCGCCGGAAGUCGCGCAAGGCGCACUUCAGUGCUCCCUCCAGCGAGCGCCGUGUCAUCAUGAGCGCUCCUCUGAGCAAGGAACUCCGUGAGAAGUACAAUGUCCGCUCCCUCCCCAUCCGCAAGGACGAUGAGGUCACAAUUGUCCGUGGCUCCAACAAGGGCCGUGAGGGCAAGAUAACUAGCGUCUACCGUCUCAAGUGGGCUGUCCAUGUCGAGCGUGUCGUCCGUGAGAAGGCCAACGGUCAGAGCAUCCCUAUCGGCAUCCACCCGUCCAAGGUCGUCAUCACCAAGGUCAAGCUGGACAAGGAUCGUGAGAAGAUUCUGGAGCGCAUUGGAAAGGGGCGCGAGGCGGCUAAGGCGGUUAAGGCCUAA